ACACCAAACGCGAUUCCUAGGUGGAAGCGAUUUUAGGAUGCUGAUACACACUGUCAGAGUCUGACACGCGGGCAAACACUCAAACAAUCUCCGAUUGAUUCCAAGCAGCAGUCGCUAUGAGCAUGCUGAACCGCUUCUCGAGCGCCGUGCAGACGGCUGUGUCCGGCGCGGCGUCGGCCGCCGUCUCAGGCGCACAGAACCUGCAGGGCAUGCUGAGCGAGGAGUAUCUAAAGCACUACGAGACGCCCAAAGACUGCACCGCAUCUGGCGGCCACGAGCUGUCGUGGAAGAUUUUCCCGGCCGUGCACCGUAAAACCAACCACGAAUACAGCGUGUUCCUCUUCGACAAGGAAGACCUCAAGAAACUCAAGAGCAAGGAGGCACAGGACCGCGUGCUGGAAAUCUUGCGCCAAGAGAUGAAGACGCUGCGUGUGUUGCGUCAUCCGCAUGUGCUCAAAGUAGAGGAGGUUUUCGAGGAGAGCCGCCGCUCGCUGUGCUUCGUCACAGAGCGCGUCACGUGCUCACUAGCCAACGCCUGCAAGAACUUCACGAACAUCGCUAACGUCACGCCUGAGGUGCUGGAGAUCGGCCUCACGGAGUUCGAGCUCGCCUGCGGACUCAUGCACGUGGGAGAGGCGCUCAGCUUCCUGCAUCGUGAAGGACGUCGUGUGCAUCUCAGUCUAGGUCCGACCAGUAUCUUCAUUACGCCCAAGGGCGAGUGGAAACUCGGCGGUAUGGGCUUCUGCAGAGUCGUGGAGCCUGGACAGACUUCACGCAGCGAAUACUACAGCUUCGACGCUUCAACGGGAGUACGAAAUCCAGCCACAGGAGCGAUUGAAGGGAGUUGGGAGCCUCCGCUUGAAUACUGCGCCCCAGAACUGGUGACGGAGCCACGUCAGUUCGAUAGUAAAGCGGAUAUGUUCUCGCUCGGUUUGCUGGUGUACGAGUUGUUCGUCCCUCCUCGCGCGGAUGGCGGACGCAACCCGGUCUUGGACGUACAUGACGGCAACAAGAUGACUCAUGGCUACAAAGUGCAGUCUCUGCACCCGAUUUCGUUCCCAACCUCCGUGCCCACUGCACUGCAGAACACCAUUCGCUCCUUGCUCUCGCUGGAGCCAGCGAAGCGUCCGGAGGCGCGUGCCUUCCUCGCGUCACCGUUUUUCGAUUCGGGUCCGAUCAAGACGCUGCGUAUGCUGCAAAGUCUCGUGGAACAGGAGCCAGCAGCUCAGGCCAAGUUCCUGACGACGCUGCCUGAUGCUAUCGAUGGCUUCUCGCCGCGUGUAUUGCGUGAUAUGGUCAUUCCUGGCCUCCAGUCAGUGGUAAUUAACAAGGCUGUGGCUCCAUUUGUGAUCACGCCGCUGCUGAAGAUCGUGGCCAAGGUGGACAAGCAGACUUUCUCAUACUCUAUCGCGCCUAUGAUGGUCCCACUGCUCGCUAUUACUGAGCCUGUGCAAUGUAUGCUCAUGUUCGUCUCGGAGCUCGAGACUCUCAUCCCCAAGGCUGAAGAUGGCUACAUUCGUGAUCACAUUGUACCCAUGCUAUGCCGCGCUCUGGACAGCACUGUGCCCGAAAUCUUGGACACAGUGCUAAACAAGAUCGUGGACCAAGCCAGUUUGUUCGAGUACCGUAUCUUGAAGCAGGUGAUCUUGCCGCGUGUGAACAAACUCAUCCUGACUCCUCCUCAGCCGUCAGUGAGGAUAAACGCGUUGCUGUGGCUGGCCAAGUCGUUCCACGUGUUUGACAAGGAUCUGCUGAUUGAGAGCGUUCUGCCCACUCUACAACAGACCCUUCAUGAAGACAAGACCCCCGCAGCGUGCAUGUGCAUUCUGGGAUGCUACGAUAACCUCGGCAAGCAUUUGGGUCCGGAGUUCACUGCCAAACUUAUUAUUCCUGCGGUGGCUCCGCUGCUGUGGGAGCAGACACUGAACAACUCGCAGUUCGACAUGGUGUGCGAGAAGAUUCAGGACAUGCUGAAGGCUGUGAUCAGCGAGCGUGACAAGUCGUUCACUUCUCAGAGCUCCGUCAGCUCUGUGACAACAGGAAUCACAGCCGCUUCGGGAAUGUCCGAAGCCGUUCGCGCUGCAGAGGCCUCGAAGGAACGGGAGUCUGGUGUUGCUGCUGCUAACAAGUUGCUGUCUGAAGAGUAUGUCCCCAAGAAGAAACCGGAGCCCGAAGCUGCUCAAAACCAAAGACCCGAGCGAUACUCGGAUGACCCGUUUUAUCUGGGCAACUCGAGCUCGUCCUCUAGCAGCAGAACACAGAGUACCAGAACGGAACGACGGGACUCGGAUGGGCGACGCGAGUCUGCAGCAGAGCGAGCUGAAUCGUUUUCUGCACGUCGUCGUGCAGGCAAGAAGGGAAGCGCUAGAUCCAACCGUCGCGCGGGCAAGAAGGACGAUGGAAACGCUGAUUUGCUUGGCAUUGACGCGAGUGCGACUAAGUCGUCGCCCAAGUCGAACGAUCUGCUCGAUACAGGAAAUCUGCUCACUGCUCUACCUCCUGCGCCAGCUCCAGGCUCUAGUGGUGGCGGUAGCACCAUGUUUAAUGGCAUGAGCAUGGGCAUAAGUGGUGGUGUUCAGUCCGGAGCACCGACAUACACCAGCCAGAACACAAUGGGGAUGCAGGCGAACCCGAUGGCCCAGCAGCAAGGAAUGGUGCCUUAUGGCCAGAAUAUGGGCAACGGAAUGAUGAACCACCAGCAGCAGCAGUACAACCCAGGCAUGAUGCAGAUGACUCCGUACGGAAUGCAGCAACAAGCGCCUCUUAGUGGAGGAGGCUACGGUCAAAACAACAUGGGCCUGGCCGGUCCCGGCCAGAUGCUGCAGAUUCAAGCUCCCGGUUACGAUCCGUACGCACCUCAACAGCAAAGUGGAGACAAGUUUAGCGCCUUCGACGGGCUGUAGGCAGCAUUUUGAUUCAUUUUCGUGUUUGUAGAAGCUAGGGACUCGAUGCAGCGCAUAACGUUGUGAAUGAAACUGUGUUCAAGGGCGAUAUUUGUACGAAAAAUAAAGUUUUGUUCAGGCA